CCCGGCCGGAAACACGGCUAGCUAGCUGAACAGUAGUUCGAGCAUGAUGUCGCGACGAUUGAGUCAUCGCAGAUGAGCAGCUGGGCCCCAGAGGAGCAGGGCAGGGCAGGAACAUAAACAUCCAAGGCCUAUGAUACAGAAAAACCAGCAUUGAUACUACGAACUAAGCCAUGGAGUCUGGUGCCCGAUGGGAGCCUCUUGUUUGUGUAUACUGUCCACUGAAAGCUGGGAGCAUUGAUGGUACAGAUACUAGACCUCAUGAUAGAGCAGUUGAAAGAGCCAUCAAGGCUAUCUACAAGCCCAAUAAGAAAGUACAAGGUGACCCAGAGUGUACACUUUUCAUUGGGAGGUUAGAUACAAUGACAUCUCAAGACCAACUCAAUAAGAUCUUCUCCAAGUAUGGUGACAUCGUUAGAUUACGCUUAGUCCGAGACAUAGUGACUGGGAUGUCCAAACAGUAUGCCUUCAUUGAGUACAGUAAGCACAGGUAUGCAAUGAGAGCUCGGAUUGAGGCCAAUCACAUGGCGCUAGAUGGACGGGAUCUACUAGUUGAUUGGGAAUGUGAACGCACCUUGUCAAAAUGGAUUCCUAGAAGACUGGGAGGUGGAUUUGGUGGCAGGAAAGAAUCUGGUCAACUUCGCUUUGGAGGUACAGAUAGGCCCCACCGGAAGCCAAUCAUUGUGAGUCAACAGCACCACAGUAGAGGUGAGGUACUAGACAAAGGUAAUGAGAGGUGGAGAGAAAGAAACCCUGACAGGUAUAGAGAUGAUCGAUCUACUGGAUACAGAGCCAUGAGUAGACAUGAUAGAAGAAAAGGUGAUGACAGAGAUGGUGGUAGUUACUAUGAUAGACACCGAGGGGGACAUGAGGAGAGGUCUACCCACAGAGACAGAGAUAGAAAUAGAGGGGAACAUGAGGGGAGGUCAACCCACAGAGACAGAGGGGAACAUGGUGAGAGGUCUCCCCACAGACACAGAGACGGAGAUAGAGACAAAGGGGAACAUGGUGAGAGGUCUCCCCAUAGAGACAGAGGGGAGCAUGGUGAAAGGUCUCCCCACAGACACAGAGACGGAGAUAGAGACAGAGGGGAACAUGGCGAGAGGUCUGCUCACACAGACAGAGACAAAGAUCGUCACAAAGAAAGAAGUAGAAGCAAUAAUGAGCAGAGCACAGUGGCAGGAGGGAAUGAUGUUUCAAACUCUAACAUUAAGACAGAGAGUGAGUGUGUUGUCAACAUGCCAAGACUGCUGAAUACAAGAAACACUCUGGAUCCUGAUAUUAAGAUUAAACAGGAAAAAGACUGAGGUAUGUUAAGCAAUAAUAUGUGACAUGUCCUUGUGAACUUGGAAGGAACUUGGCCUCAGUCAAUAGCAAGAAACACUUGACAUUGACUAAGUACUUGGCCCAAUUUCUUUUGCUCUGCUUACCGUAAACACAGAAUCGGCGCUUACGGACGCCAGCAAUUCUACGCUGGGGGUUAGCGGCAUAUUUUUGCUUCUGCUUAUGUGUACUCCAGGUUA